AUGAGUUUAUCUGAUCUGCUUGAUGAUCAUGGUGAUAGCGCCAAUUCUUAAUUUGGCAUUAAUCCACCCAGUUAUAAUGAAGAGCAAGUGAGACAAUAAUUCAGAGGUCCUGCAAAAUUGGCAACAAAAGUUGACCCUCUAUAAGAUGUUGGAGAUUAUUCAAUUAAACCACCAUCUAAUAUAAGUUUACCAAAAGCAACCGAUUAGAUAAAUCCUUCUUAAUCUCCUAAUUCAGGACCUAUUUAAUUAACUCCAAAGACUUCUUUAAUGGAAGAGAAAAUUCUAGGGAGUGCUACAAAUAGGGAAUAAAUAAGGGAUUUGGCUUAAAGUAAUUACACUAAUCUUCCUAAAGAGGGAGUAAAUAACUUCCUUAAAUUAGUGAUUGCUAAAAGUCGUUAUCAUCAUUUUAUUGAUCUUUUAGUUUAAAGAGCCUAUGUUAAAAAGCUUUCUGAAUUUAGCAUUUAUCAAAAUACAAUGUUAGAUGAUCUAAGAUACAUUGAUUCAAAAUACCAUGUUCAUAAAAAUUUAAUAGGAAAGUUUUGUAAGAAAUUAAGAUUUGUUCCCAUUUUAGAUUAAAGUAGUUACUUGGUAAUAGGUUGGUAAUUGUUGUAUAUACUCACAAUAAUAAUAAUUUUCUUUUGGACUCCCUUCAAUUUAUCAUUUGGGAUUACAUUGAAUUAAGUAGUAUUUGGGAGUAUGAUGGUAAAAGAAGUAGAGUUUUACUUUCUCUUUUCUAUAAUAAUAGAUGGAUUCAUAGUCAUAAAUACAUCAUAUAUUAGAAAGGGAAUCAUUAUAAAAUCUAGGGGGAAGAUAUUCAUAAAUUAUCUCAAUACAUAGGCAAUCUAUGAUUUAGUAAUCAUAUUUUUGAUAUAUUAAAGUGUUCCAUAGUUUCAAUGUUAAUUGCUCAAUAUUCUAGUAUUGAUAAUGGUUAGGAAUAUCUAGUUUGGCAAUUGAUACCAUAUGCAGUUUAUUAUUGUAGUCGAAUAUUCAAAUUAUAGGGAAGAGUACAUAAAUUAGAAGAGUAAAAGAUAAUUUAUAAAUGAUAGGUUUUUCAAUUUUUCAGGAUGGGUUCAAGAUGUUAUUGAAUUAAUAAAACUAUUAUUUAUGGUAAUUUAUGUUGGUCAUUUAUUUGCAUGUCUUUGGCAUAGUGUUGCUUUCUAUUAAAUAGGAUAUAAUAAAACUUGGUUAGAGAUCUAUGAUAUAGUAGAUGCAAAUAUAUUCACUAAAUAUAAUUAUGCAUUCUAUUGGGCUGUUUAAACUAUGAUUACUGUUGGUUAUGGUGAUUUGACUCCAUAAAAUGAUUAUGAAAGAUUAUGUGCAAAUUUAAGUAUGUUUUUAGCUUGUGGAGUGUUUGCAUUCUCUUUCAAUAGUAUAGGUCUUAUGCUCAGUAAUCUAAAUUCAAGAUAAGUACUUUAUAAAAGAAGUACUAAUUUACUUAAUCAAUUUCUAACUAAAAAUUAAAUUAAAGUUGAACUUUAAUCUAGAAUUAGAAAUUAUUAUGAUUAUAUUUUUUAAGAAGAAUAAGAAAUUAAUGAUGAAGAAGUUUCUUAAAUUACAACUAAAUUAUCUAGUUCUUUAUAGGAAGAACUUAAUUUUGAGAUUAGACUUAAUGUUAUGAAAACUAAUAGAGUUUUAACUAGAUUCUCUUAAAAAACAUUAAGAGAAUUAUCUUUGCUUAUAGAGGAAGUCAGAUUCUCUCCAGAAGAUUAAAUUAUACAAUAAGGAACUCAAGAUGAUUGUUCUCUUUAUCUUAUUACCAAAGGCACUGUUUCCAUUCUUUUUUAAAAUGAACCAUAAGCCAAAAAUAAUAGAGUACUGUAAUAUUUGGAAAAAGGAUAAACUUUUGGAGAAUAUUCUUUUUUUACUGGUCUAAAUAGAACUGCUUCAGCAAAAAGUAUAGGAUUUUCAAGAGCAUACAAAAUUACAAGAUAAAAAUUGUUAAAUGUACUACAAAUAAAUGAAAUUGAUUUAGUAAUAUUAAUUAUAUUAUAAUUAUUAGGAACGUUUUUGUGAAGUAAGAGAUUAAAUUUUGUAAAGUGAGAAUUAUCAACCAGCAUAAUUAUAAUGUUAUUCAUGCAAUAAAUCUAAUCAUCUCAUAAAGGAUUGUCCUAUAUUACAUUUUGUUCCAGACAAAGAGAAAGUAAUUAAAAAGGAAUAUUUUCCUGUUCAAUAAUAAAGAAAUGUAACUUAUAUUAGAUAGAGAUGUGAUAGGAAUUAUUAUGCAACCUUAUUAGAAAUGAAAAAGACUCUUGAAAUUAUUAAAGAAUUUUAAACAAAUGAACUUUAUAAUGAUAAUCAAAAUAUAUAAGAAGAGAAUUCAGAUGUUUCAUAUGAUGAUAAUGAUGAUUAUCCAUAUGAAUAUUGUAAAAUUUCUUAUUUAUUAAUAGCCUCUUAAAAUAAAAGCUGUUCUAAAAUCUCUAGAUAAUAAUCAAAAAAUUGUUCAUAUUCAUAAAAUGAUAAUAAUCAUUCCAAUAAUCCUAGAAAUUUAUAACCUAUUUAAGAAAGUGAAGAUUCUGACAAUAGUGUAAGUCCAAUUAAAUAGAGAAAUUCAGCUGUUAAAAAUACUAUAUAAACUGCUGGUUUUGGUGGAUAAGAUUCUUUUUAAAAUAAAAUAAAAUUAGAUGAUCAUGAUAAGGAUAUUAUCAAUAUUACUAAUUAAGCUUAUCCAAUUUCUAAUAGUAAUAAGGAAGAUCAUAGAAUUCAUUUAAAAAAUGAUAGAUUACUUAGUCCUAUAGAUAUACCUAGCAGAAUCAAUAGAAAAAGAAUUACUGCCAUUUAAAAAUAAAAUAGGGAAGAAUCCUAUUAACCAUUCUCAACUCAAACUCAACUUGAUCUAAAUUAAGAGAAAGAAAAGUCUAUUAAGAGAAAAUCUAAACUUAGAGAUACUUAAGGAGAUAUUGAUCUUGUUUCUUCAGUUUAAUCAGUCGAAUAUAAAAGAGAUUCAAUAGAUAUAAGAGAUGAUAAAAAAGAAUUAAGAAGAAAAACUACAAAAACAAAAACAAAUAGAAGUAGAACAGCUAAGACACGAAAAACUACUAAAUUGAUGUCAGAAAAUCCAUCUUAAGAAAUAUCUAUACCAAUGUUUGAAAAAUAAGUUGUUUCUAUGGAAUUAGAAGGAUUUGAAAAAAUGAAAAACUAUUAAUUUUACUAUAUUUGGAAUAAUCCAAAAGUUGUUAUAUCUAGAGCAAUUCGAAUUUUAACAAAAUAUUUAGAACGAAAAAGAAAUAUAGUACAUUCAUUUUCUUCCUAUACAUUUAGUGCUAUAGCUAUUAAUUAAAUGAUAAAGAUCAAGAAAAAACUUAAAUUAUUGUAAUUUAAUUUAUUAAUAUUUUUAGAGAUGAUCCCCUUACUGAUGAAAAAAAAGAUAAAAAAAUACUUAAUACUCUUAGUAAAACUGGUAAACCAAGAGUAGGAAGUAAAAAAAGUACAUACGGACAGUCAGAUGAUAUAUCUUCAUUAUUUUAAAAGAAACCUCUACAAUCUGGAUAAACUUAAUUAUCUCAAAGAAUUUCGAUGUCUAAACAAAUUAGAACUGAUUUGUGA